AUGUUUGCAUUCCGACAUCCUAAUAAUAGUCUAAGUCAGAGCCGUACAAACAUACUCGGAAAUAAUUUAUGUACUGCUGUGUGUGAUUUAGUCUACCAAUCAGGAACAACAGAGGCCAUUCUCAGUCAAUCAGGGUUAUUGAUUUUGAAAGGGAUUUGGACGUUUUCCUUAAAUGACCAAUCAGGGUUCUUGGGCCAGCGGCUUAAGUCAUCUCGUUUCUUAUUAAGAUUACAUAUUAAAUCAUUUGUCCUCUAUUACAUUUAUGACAGCCAUUUCAGAAUACUGAUGUUUUGUCUUUGA